AUGUCCGCCUCCGCGCCAGCACCUCCCACUAUUGUGAUCAACACUCCCGGCGCGCCCACCUCGACCAUCUCCGCUCCCAGAAGCGAACCUGCAAAGGAGCGGCCUCAGAAACCCGCUCUCGUCAAACAAUGCUACCUCUGCGACGAGCAGAACCCAGGCGACUUCUCCCCCACCACCAAGUACCUCGAGACCUGCCUGCUGUGCUCGCGGCAUUUCUGCCCCAUCCACAAAUCCGUCAGUUGGGAUCAGGUCUGCAACAUCAACCACGCCGAAUACUACCGCGAGUGUCUGGAGAGAGCGCGUCAAGAGCUGAUCGCUCAGGGGAAAUCGACGGACGCGAACAGGCGAUCGCUCGCGGAGAUAUUGAUCAACGAGGGCAUCUACCCGAGUCUGGGCGAGCGGGAGAAGGCCAUUUUCACCACGAGCCCCGUCAGCGAGACUAAAAUGCAAGAACUUGCCAACUUCCGCUCCCUCGACGCCGCAGUGUCCGGGACGAACACACAGUCCAAGAGCCAGCUGAUUGAGGAGAAGGACUUUGUCGGGGCGGACAUUGCUGUGUAA